UUUGGUCUGGGUCUCUGAACUAAAGCGUGACUUUAGAGAAAAAUACAGGGUUAAAAUGAUAUUUUAAAAACACCCCAACAGUACCAGAUAACUACUUGCGAUAAUCACUUUAAAACAAGACAUGUAGGGAUUUGUAUUGAUACUUGUUAUGCGAGAAGGGGUGAGGAAAUAACUUUUAUAAGACUGGUGUAAAUGAGAGAGAUAUUGCACAUUGCAGGUAGAACGCUGCACCCUAUAAAGUUGACUGACUCGUGGUGUUAGGGGGACACUGACAAAUAGAAUUGUAUAUAUAUAAACACCACUGGCCAAUUCGUAAGGAAAGGGAAAUCAGAAGGCUAUCAGUUUGAAAAAUCCUUCUGCCCAGAGGUAGGUCGAUGCGGGAUCAAUAAGCAUUUUAACCAACAUAAUGUCUGCGGCAGCAAGGACCUCUUCAAUAUGUCAGGUAUUAGUACGGAUCGCCAGAUUAGCCGGCAGGAGUGCAGCGAAAUCCACGGAGAGAUCGGUGCGCUAAAUCCUCGAGAAAACGAACCUAAAGAAAACUGGGCACUUAAAAAUGGCAAACUCCUGCUGAAUUGCAACGCUCUCUUAGAAACUAAGCCGGUAGCCGGGCGUAAAAAGUGGCGCGUCUGGGAAGCAGAAAUUGACAAACUCCAAAAAGAGGAGCAGCAAGUUGGAUCGGACGAGUUGUUGAUUACUUGUUACAGGAGUGUGGCUUUGAGUAACAUGCCUGCUAUCAAAAAGGAGAGACUGGACGGAGAAGAGAUGGCUCUGGCUGCGUUUAAUCAGCCCAUGGAGACUCUGCCAGAAUACCUGGCUCCUUUAAAUGCCGCUGCCAUCCCGGUGGUGACCCCCCAUCCGCCACCGUACGAUCAGAUUUUUGCCCAGCACCGUAGUUACUUGGGGCUGCAUGAGACGCACCAUCGCCACCACCACCACCACCAUCACCCCGACGACCUGAUGCUGGAGAGAUUUUCAUCCAUCCCCGAUUUCCAACCCCUUUUCGACAACGGGGAGCCCUGUAUCGAGGUGGAAUGCGGGGAAAACAAGGCUUUGCUGUAUAUCAAUAAACUAUGCCAAGGCAGUAAAGGACCGUCCAUCAGAUACAGGGGAGAGUGGCUUACCCCCAACGAGUUCCAGUUUGUCAGUGGAAGGGAAACUGCGAAGGACUGGAAACGCAGUAUCAGGCACAAGGGAAAAAGUUUGAAGACUCUUAUGUCCAAAGGAAUCUUACAGGUACAUCCCCCAAUCUGUGAUUGCCCUGGGUGUCGAAUUUCGUCUCCAGUGAAUCGUGGGCGCUUGGCGGAGAAGAGAACGAUCCCAUUGCCCCCAACCCGAAUCCCUAAGAAAGAGCUGUCUUCAAUCUUCAGCAGUGACGAGAGUGAAGAGAGCGAAAGGGCAAAUGGUGACCACACUGAAAUAAAACAGGAAGACGAUAUCCACAUCAGUAUAAUGAAAAGGAGCCGUGACAGUGAUCUUUCAACUAUCAUCUCCAACCUGCAUCAAAGCCGACACUUCGUUAUGCCAGAGAGCCAGUCCCGCAGCGAAAUCAAAAGGAAUCGCAUUGAUAUUGGCUCAGGACCAGCAGAUGAAAUCCUAGGCAAGAGAAGAGUAUAUUCACCUAACAGCAGCAGCGAGUGUCCUUCAGAAAACAAGAAAUCAAGAAGCGUGUCUCCCAAAGAAAUCUCCCACACUCCUGUGAUUGAGGAGCUGGCGUUUCAGAUGACCCCUGAGGAACACUACAGACGGAUGAUGUCUGCGUUGAACGAACACGGCUCCUACGAGGAGCAGCAACAGCGCUUGUACCAGCUGGCAAACAGCAUGGGCGUCUCCAGCCAUGCAGACAUGUUGCGAGCCCGUCAGGAAGCAGCAGUAAGGAACACCAAUGCCAUGGAAGCUCAUCUCCCUUCGGGCACCAACUCAUCCAGCCAGAGGAGAAAGCAGGGUCUGCCCCAGCACCGCGACGCACACUUCUCCGAACGAGAGAUGUCACAUCCGCCCCCUUUGCUCUCGCCACAGAACGCUCCACACAUUGCGCUGGGCCCUCAUCUGAGGCCUCCGUUUCUGGGAAUGCCUUCCGCUCUGUGCCAGGGGCCAGGUUAUGGGUUUCUGCAGCCUGCACAGGCAGAGAUGUUUGCUCGGCAACAGGAGAUGCUGCGGAAACAGAACCUUGCAAGGCUGGAGAUGUCAGCUGAGCUACUGCGGCAGAAGGAGCUGGAGAACUUACACCGGCAACGUCUGAUGGCGGACCCCCUGUCGCUGCACCCUGGCAUACCCCCGGAUCACCCGGCCCUGCGCAACCUUCACGACAUCCCUGAGGGACACCCGCUGCGCGAGGAAAUCUCCCGCCGCAAUGCCAUGCUCGUGCUGCGCCACAACAACACGCCGCUGCUCUCCCUCAAUCACCAGGGGGUGCCGGGGGGCACCCAGCCCAAGGAGCCCAGCUCUCGAAAGAGCUCCCGAAAGGGGGGGCACCACCGGAACGAACUGCAGGGCCCCCCCGAGGCCAAGGACCAGCUGGGGGACACCCGGGCCCGAGACGGUGUCACAGACUGCAACGACGAGGAAAUGAAGGACUCGGAAAGCGACACUGAAGUCAGCGACGACAAGGCGGAGGGCUUGUUGAAGUCCGACAGCGGUGCCUUGGCUUCUGAACACAAGGACGGCAAAGAGACAGUGAAGCCCUGUGAGGGCAUGAAAGAGUUAAACGAGAUGUCUGUUGGUCAGAGCGCGCCCUGUGGUUCCACGGGGGCAGAGUCACCAAGCCACCCCUUUGGUCCAGGAAUCAACAAAAACGAAGUUAAAUAUCUGCCGCCUGGAGCAGCACCCCCACCACUGCCUCUGCCAUUCGGGUUUCCAUAUGCUGCCAGCCCGUAUUUCCACACUGGCGCCAUGGGAGGUCUCUUUUUAGACGGAGAGGAGAGCACCGCUGUGGAAGACAUCAGCAAAUGGACAGUUGAUGACGUCUGCAAUUUUGUGAGCGGCUUGUCUGGCUGUGCGGAGUACACUCAGGUGUUCAGAGAACAAGCUAUCGAUGGAGAAACUUUGCCCCUCCUAUCAGAAGAGCACUUGCUGAAUAACAUGGGGCUGAAACUUGGACCUGCACUGAAAAUAAGGUCACAGGUCGCCAAGCGCAUUGGCAGAGUGCUCUACAUGACUAGCUUUCCCUUGGCAUUCCCGCUCCAACCAUCUGCUCUACGCCCCCCAGAGCGGGAGCUGCCUCCCCCAGAGAACAGACCCUCCUCGACGGGUAGCGUGUCCUCUCCCUACAGCAACCUACAAGCCAGUCGCAUCUCGCCAAAGCAGGAAAACGGAAACUCUUCCUCAGUGGGAAUCGGUGACACCACAAAACCACCAUCUUAAAUCAAGAGACGACUUUUUAAACUCCUGCCAACAGCAGCAGUAGCAGGACUCAGAACCGACCCCAACUUCUUUUACAGAGGAAAAAUAAAUAAAAAUCAAAUCAGGUUUGUGUUUUGACCGAAUUCCUUCAAAAUGACUUUCGUAACUUUCAAACUUCAAGAUGUGGUGGGUUUUUUCUGUUUUUUUUUUUAACUGAGGCAGCAGCAAAAGUAUAGAAUCCAAAAAUCAAUGGGAAUGAGGAAAACAAGCAGACAGGAAGUGGGUUCCAGAGAAAGAGACUGCAGACAGCUGCUCUUCAACAGCUUGCCAAAAAAACUCAAGUGUUCUGUCGGGCAGACAGAAGCUAAAGGGAUCACUUUGCUGAGGGGAACCGUGCACUUGUGCCGAAUAUUCGGCAUACAAAGAGAGCCUUGAUUUAUAGAUUUUUUUCCUCCUUUACCCGCACACAACCCUCUGAAAUGGAAAUGAACUCACCUGCAACAUAUUGGCAACUAUGCAUUCCAAGGAUCUAUACCAAAGAGUCAAGGACAUGAUCCAAGUUUACACCAUUGUGGUACAGACUUCCGUGGUUGUCGCUGACUAUAUGAACACUGGGCCAACACUUUUGUUUAUGGACAAUGCAGGGCAAAUAAGGGGCCAUGUUGUAACCUGGGACUGUUAACAGGUACAAAUAUUUUUCAAAGACUGAUGCAAAUCAGCAGGUGUCCCUCAGACCCAGCAGUCACCAACCUUGGCUUUUUUACUUGCCUAUAUACAGGACAGAAAAAAGUGCCUCAUCGUAGAGGUGAUUGAUACAGCACAGCUAUACUAUGGAUGACAACUUAAGAUUUCUAUAUUAUAAGAUAGAUAUCUGUAUUUGGACACAUUUACUAUUGUGGGGGAAUGAACAAAAUAGCCUACUUGUACAGUAGUGUCCAAAACAAAUCCUAAACGUUACAAAGUGGUACUUUUUGUUAUGUGUAGUUGCACGUUUUAACUUUUUUUUUUUUUUGAAAAUAUGAAUUGCUAGCUUUGGUUGGUACUAAUUUCUAUUGUAAUAAAAUCCCACCUCAAAUGCUGCUUUUAUGGCAACUAAAAAAAUAUAUUUAUAACUUUUUUUUUGUUGUAGGUUGGCACUAUCCAGUAAAUAUUCAUCCCCUAAAGAGGAUUCCAAAGAUGAACCUUAAAAUCAUUUGUUUCACUCUAAAUCAGGGGAUGUAAGGCACAAGGCUCUUUAUGCAAAUCUUUGAAUUUGACCUAAAUGUGUAAAACAGUGGAAAUGAAAUGGUCUGUAAAUUUACCCAAUUGUUUUGUCUAUUUUCGCUUUGUCAUUCACUUUCGGUGAAAUAAAUCCCUUCAAUAAAUAAAACCUUUGAUUCCUUACAAAAGCUGUUCUGUGACUAAGCAACACGCAUAAUAAAUUAUUACUAAGUGUAUUAUACCGGAGUCAGAUGUAAUAGAGCAGUACAUGAAACACAUUGAACUAAGUAUAUGCAUGUCCUAUUUAAGAUUCAACAACCUUUUUUUCAAAUAAAUGUAACUGCAUGAAACAAACAUAUAGUUGCAUGCUACAGUGGGUCCUAAACACUGCACAGUACAUUACUGCACUUUCAUAUGCAUACGGUACUUACUUCAAGGUCAGUAAACGCAUUAUAGUGCACCAGAGCACCGACCUUCUGUAUCCCAAGACUGCUAGCACUGCAUCAACAUUCAGGGGAUGAGAUAUGAAGCUGCCAAGCAGCACAAUGUGUUUCUUUAGCAGCGCUGUGCACAGCAGGGGUCAAUCUCCUUCGUGAUUAAAUAAACAGCUACCCUCCGGAGGGAAUGGGGGGAAAAAAAAAAAAAAAAAUAUAA